ACCAAUUUCAAAGCACUUUCAACUUUGUCUUUGUUUUUGGGUUCCAUCUCAACAUUUAUUUCAAACAUGGUUUCUACUUCUCAACCUCCUAAGGAAACUCUUGAUGUUGACCAAAAAUGGAAGGGGGAAGACCCGACACGGCGAGCCAAGUGGUGGUAUGCCACCUUUCAUUCUGUCACCGCCAUGAUAGGUGCAGGCGUUCUCAGUCUUCCCUACGCUAUGGCUUACUUGGGAUGGGGUCCAGGAACAAUGGUCUUGUUUGUAUCAUGGUGCAUGACUCUAAACACCAUGUGGCAGAUGAUUCAGCUCCAUGAAUGCGUAGCGGGGACUCGUUUCGAUCGAUAUAUCGACCUCGGUCGAUAUGCUUUUGGCGAAAAACUUGGUCCUUGGAUUGUGCUGCCACAACAACUCAUCGUCCAAGUCGGUUGCGACAUAGUGUAUAUGGUUACAGGAGGGAAGUGCAUGAAGAAGUUCAUGGAGAUGGCUUGUGUAAACUGCUUUGAAGUGAAACAAUCCUAUUGGAUUCUGAUAUUUGGUUCAAUCCAUUUCUUUCUUUCUCAACUUCCAAAUUUCAAUUCUGUUGCUGGUGUUUCUCUUGCAGCUGCCAUUAUGUCUCUAAGCUACUCGACGAUUGCAUGGGUGGGGAGCUUGAGCCGAGGCCGAAUCGAGAACGUGAGCUAUGCGUACAAGGAAACCAGUGUGGAAGAUUCAUUGUUUAGAGUGUUCAAUGCGUUAGGUCAAAUCUCGUUCGCAUUUGCUGGGCACGCGGUGGUCUUGGAGAUUCAGGCCACCAUACCGUCGACACCGGAGAAGCCGUCAAGAGUUCCUAUGUGGAAAGGGGCGGUGGGGGCUUAUUUCAUCAACGCCAUCUGCUAUUUUCCGGUGGCUUUGAUUGGAUACUGGGCUUUUGGUCAAGAUGUUGAAGACAAUGUUCUUUUGAACCUCAAGAAACCUGCAUGGCUCAUUGCCUCUGCUAAUCUUAUGGUUGUUGUUCAUGUAAUUGGCAGCUACCAGGUGUAUGCGAUGCCUGUAUUUGAUAUGUUGGAGAGGAUGAUAAGGAAGAGAUUCAACUUUCGUGAUGGAUUUUGUCUUAGAUUUAUCACUCGAUCGGCUUAUGUUGCAUUUACAAUAUUUAUUGGUGUAACCUUUCCAUUCUUCGGAGAUCUGUUGGGAUUCUUCGGUGGCUUCGGUUUUGCUCCCACUUCAUACUUUCUUCCAAGUAUAAUGUGGCUAGUCAUCAAGAAGCCAAAGAGAUACAGUUGGAAUUGGCUCAUCAACUGGGCAAGUAUAUGUGUUGGAGUCUUCAUAAUGUUGGCUUCCACCGUCGGUGGCCUCCGCAAUAUCAUAACCGAUGCUUCCACUUACACUUUCUAUACUUAAAAAGUAUAGAAAAACUAAAAACGUUUCUUCCAUCUCUAAAAUUUUAUAAUGUACUAUUUUAGUUUUCUAAUUUUAAGAGUAGGUUUAAAAGACCCACGAGUAAUUUAUUAUUAUUGUCUUAGAUAUUGAUAUGAAAUUAAAAAUAAUAAUUUGAUCUUUUGUUUUUCUUCCUUUUA